CACUUCCCCUACUUUUUUUGUAUAUUUUAAAGCAGAACAUUGAUUUUACCAGUCACGCGGCACAACGUCAACACAGUAUCGUUCUAGUGAUAUGCAUGUAUGGAACUAUACAUACUAAACGUUUUGUUUUUCAAGUUACUUGUUUUUACCACAUUGAGUUGAAUCCAAAAAUUCAUUAUUUUCUUUUGUAUAAUUGUUAUUCCAGUAUUUGUUUCAUAUUGAAUAAUCUAGUUGAUUAUGACUUCCAGAGGAAUUUUAAGCAUUCAUGAAGUUAAUUCAUUACCAGAUGAAAAUUUUGAAUGGUUAUUUCACAAUGUGAUAGAAUACAGCCCAGAGGCUGCUACAGCUGCAGUAAAUAAAAAACCAUUCUCUAGUACUGAAGAUCUCAAGAAAGCUUUUGAUGAUUAUUUAGAUAAGCUUGAUAUGUCAGAAAAAGAAAUUAUAUUAUUGCAUCAUCCUGAUUUGUCAAGCAAAUAUUCUGAAGUUAUGUUGACUGCAGAGUCAAGAAAUGAACAAAAAUUGGCUGGUCUAGAUACAAUAAAUCAAUGCGAUAAAGAAUCCUUCAUUAAUAAUUUAAGUCUGUACAAGGAAAAGUUUGGUUUUCCUUUUGUGAUAUGUGCAAGAGAAAAUAACUUAAAAUCAAUUAUGGAUCAAUUGUGCCAACGAUUACAUAACUGUAAAGAAACUGAACUUAAAGCAGGAAUAGAAGAAGUAAAAAAAAUAUGUAGAAUAAGAAUAGAUGAUUUGGUUUGGCCUGAUGUAUAAUACAAUCUAUUGACUUUUUAAUG